AUGAAGUAUCUCCAUGCGCUACGGCGGGAAGUGUUUGCCCUGCACGCCAGAGCGCCCCAAAAUUUGCUGCGCUCGCCGGCGGCGUUGCCCUCCGCUGCUGAGGUGCAGAGGGGCAGGCCUGCUCUCUUGCGCCAUGGGCAAGGGUGUGGAGCGGGCUGCGGCUGUGUGUGCGACGUCCAGGUAGCGGUGGACCGGGAGGGGGUUGUGAGGGACGCGACUUUUGCGGCGAAGCGGCUGGCGAUGGGGGUGGACGGGGCGCCUCUUCGGUCGAGGACAGGCAGGCUGCUGGUGCACGACUGCCCUUGCGACACGCUGGUCUCCCUGGGAUCGAUAGCCACGACCGAGUGCCGGGACGAGUCCCUCGAGUCGCUGCGUAACCGCCUGCUCUUCUCGCCGAGCGCCCCUCCAUCGUUUGUAAGGAACCUCGUUCGAAAGUUGGGCCAGCCGACAUCCGCCGCUACUUGCGCCCAGGUGGGGGGGGAAUAA